AUGCCUACUAAAGAACCAAGAGGUAACUUCAGCACCAACGCGCCUCCUUCCAUGUCUCCAGCUCCCCCAAGCAGCACUCAACCUCCUUCCACGGCCCCUCCGACAACGGAGGAGCCGACUUCACCCUCGUCGACGACGAACACCACAACCACGACUACUACUCCCGCUCCGAGCACAACCGAGUCGUCCACCACCGAGCCACCCACCACAACAGCCGCCACGCCAUCCGGCCUUGAAACGUCUACCAAUGCCAUUGUCAAUUCGACCAUUGCCGGCGAGACCAAUUCUACUACGAAUACCUCGACUACCAAGUCGGCAUCUGGACAUCAGAACAAUGAGCGAAAUGUCGUCCAAUUGGAAAAGGAGCGCUGCAAGCGCCCGACCGCGACCGGCCAGCCGAAGAUGCGCAGCGUGCGCAGCAUUGCCGAGGAGAUUAUCCGCAAGCAACAGGCCAAAAUGAGCAUCUUCGACUGGCAGUACUGGGCCCUCCACGUCCACCACAUCAUCAACCGCUUCCUCCAC